CGCGCUUGUGUGGUCAACGCAGAUUUCGCGCGCUUAAAACGGUCAGUUUGAGAUCUAUCUCACGAAAAUAACGUCUUUUUGGAGGCCAUUUCAGCUAAUUUGGAGAAAGGCCAGGCCAAGUGGCGUGAAGCCUUUCCUCGAAAACGAGAAUGGCACCAAAUCCAAGAGCACAGCUGGAGAGUGUUCUGGAUAUGGUGUUAAAGAGUGGGGAUGUCCAGCCACUUGAUGUGUUUUUAGAGAAGGAGGCACAUGAAGGGACUCCAAUAAAAUGUUCCCAACAGUUUCUCACCAAACUGGAUAAAUUAAUCAUCAGGAGUUUGGAUGAAAAAGAUGUCAAAUCAGCCAGUUUGGGCUUCACUUGUCUUUACAAGUGUGGGAAAUACCUGAAAUUACCUGGUGCUGGUCAAGGACUCUCAAGUUUAAUAACUCAAGGGCUAAUUAAGAAGAUGGUGCAGUGGUUUGAGAAAUGCAAGCAGUUAUGGAUCCAGUGUGGCCCACAUUGGGACGAGACUUUGCUGACCCUCUCUGAAAACUUCUUGAAUGCCUUAAUGACAGUUCAUGAGACAUGCAAAGAGGGAACAUGCAGAGUGACUGAGUCCUUCCUGUAUUCUGUUGGCCAGUUAGCGGUAGACCCCAGAAUCUACAUCUUGAUCCAGAAAGAGGCAAUUCGCAAAUAUAACUUGAUUCUGGACAAAAUCCCAGUGGAAAUUAAGAAGAACAGGAAGAUCCUGACAUCACAGGAGGCUUCAGAUUUCAUGACCAAACUUGCUGGUCGUAUAUUGGAGGGCGGUGAUUAUGACUUGCAGUCAUCACUUAUGGAGGCACUAUGCAGAAUGGCCACCCCUGACCAGAGGAAGAAGCUAGCAGAUCAGUGGUUCAGAAUGGGGCAUGUGGCCAGUGCAUUUGCUGAGAUCAUUGAUUCAGAGUUUGAAACGGCUUGUCGCAGGUUUUUAAACAUGGUAAAUGGGAUGCAAGGAGACAAGAGAAGCGUGCACUCUUUCCCUUGUUUGGAAGUUUAUCUGGGCAAGUAUGAGCUGCUGAUGCCAUCAGAUGAGAAGCUUGAGGAAUUCUGGAUUGACUUCAACCUUGGCAGCCAAAGCAUCUCUUUUUAUUUCUCCUUACCUGAGGAGGAGGAAGGCCACUGGGAAACAAUAUGUAUCAAUAAGAAUGAAGUCCAAAGCUACACUGUUACAGUGGAAGGCAAGAUGCAAGUCUUGGAGAUAAAGUUGUCAGAGGUGGUGGUGGUUGAGUCAGUGGAAGGAUCUAGUCUUACCAUCCAUUUCAGCUCCUCCUUGGACAUCCUAAAGGCAGCUUGCAACAUCUACGGAUACAGCAAAAACAAACUCGCGACUGUAGUGAAAACUGCAGUUAAAACAGCAAAUGAGGAGAACAAUACCCAGGUUGUUCCAGAAAGCCAAGUGUCUGUUGGUAACAGUGAGAAAAAUACUGCACCCUAUAUUUUAUCUCCCCCAGUUGCAUCUGCACAGAUGGUGACCCCUGCCAGGAUGAAGAUUUCAGAAUCAUCAACCUUCAUUAGCAGCAGUGGAGCAGGAGAGCUUGUGCUUAGUGGCACAUGUCUUGCAUCUAAGCUAUCAACAAAGGAUGAAGAUAAAUCAUCUCUAGAGAAGUUUUGUUCACAUGACAAAACUGUUAGGACUUGCAGCUCUAUCCCAAUAUCUGGCAGCACAAAUGCAGUUGGCAUGAAGGGGCAGAAGAAGUCUGUGGCAGAGGCAAUAUAUAAGGUUGCAGCUGGACAAAGAGAAGAAAAACCUCUGGAUCAUUAUUUUGUGCCUGAUACCCAACCUAGAACUGGACGAAGCACAUCUUCUACCUGGAGCAAAUUGUCAGUUUCUGAUGUACUAAUGAUGCCAACACAGAAAAUCAGUUCCCUGCCAAGAUCUGAACGUCAAUCAAGCUUGGCAGGGCAGCAAGACCACUGUCCAUCUAUAGCACAGAAAGUGUCCGUUUCAGACUCAAACCUUGUCCUCCAGAAGCAAUUCCAUAGGGAAGUCACCCAGCGCUUACAGCUGGUCCUUAUUGCAAGAAACCAAGAUCUUGCAUCCCAGGAGCCAACUCCACUCCCAAGAAAGAUUACCAAUACCAGAGGGGGCUCUAGAGACAGAAGUUUAGGAAAUCAAUGUGGUUCUGCAUUGUGUUCCCCUAAAGUCCAGCAAUUUCAGAGAAAAGACCACACCAAAGAGGAGCAUAAAGACCAGAUGUCAUUGGAAGCAGAUGUUGUUUCAACAAAAGCCUCAGAAGACACAACCAAAACAAUGCAGGAGAGAAUAUCACCCAAGAUUAAGGAUGGAAAGAAGACUGCACUUUCCAGCAAACAGAAAAGAGAUGCAGAGGUUGCAGGCAGCAUGGUGAAGCUCAUCUCUAGCCAUUACAAGAUCAAUACCCAGUCCACAGAAAAAGCCACUGCCAUUGUUAAAAACUGGCCUCUUCCUCUUGUCAAAAGACCAAUCUUCAACAUGAGCUGGAAAUCAAAUGGUAAAAAAGAAAAAUCUGGAGCCAUGGAAUCCUACAAGAAAACUACAACAAAACCCAUCAAGGACAGGAAGGGCAUUUUUGAAUUCAACAUUGAUUCACCUAUCAGUAUUGCGGGAGAGAAGAAACAGGUCACCAAAACCUCUGCUAGGUCGAGCAAUAGCAUAAAAAACAUUGUACUUCUCAGCACAACUAAGAAUAAAAAACCAGAGUCAAAGAAGUGGUAUGUGAAAAAGCAUCUGUUUAGUGAUACAGACACGGACAAUGCCACGACGGACGUCAGCUGGCUAAGGGAAUCAACCAAGAAGCCAAAACCAAAAGUUACCAAAUAUGCCAGACAGCCACACGUCAAACCCAAAGUUGCCCCUCCUCUUAGUCCACAUGAAUCCCCAGAUUUGCUUCCACUCUCUCCAAAAGCUGUACAGAACAAUGACAAACCUAGUAAGAAGAAAUCCUGUUUGAAGAAGGCACUUGACCCACCAGAGAAGACAUUGAAUCAGUUAAAGACAGUGAAGUCGGCAGCAGCACCUGGCAGACCGCACGCAACUAGCAAGAGGCCCAAGAGAAUUGCUGCCACCUCUCUCAAAAGCUACAGGGAGCCAGAUACUGAUGACAGCCAGUCCGAAACAGAGAGAACUUCUGCUCCACAGCACUUAUCCACAGAUUAUCCAGGAAAUACUGAGAAAGCUUGUGUGACUGCACAAACAAAGGAAAAAAAGGCAGCCAGCAAAAUAACAGGCAAAAUGGAGUCUGUGUCAGAGAUGCAAGCCACUUCCAAAAAUAAGGCUAGGGCUGGGAAUGUUCUUCAGGAAACUUCAAAGUUGAAUAAGAAAAACAUCAGGCCUGCCGAAGAACAGAUGAGUGGUUUGAAAGAUUCCUUGGCUGCCAGCCAGACCUCUUUCUGUCAGUCCCCUCCUUCCAUCGAGAAGAUGAGAGCUGCAAAGAGGUCAGCCCCAACCUUGGAAUUGACCCGCUCCACUGUCUUCACCCCACGGGGAUCCCCACUCCCUCCCUCCCCUAAGCCUCCCUGCAAGGACACCCCCUCACCUAUCCUGCUGUUACCCAAACUACGCUCUGCAGUCAGCAGUAAAGGAAAAUGCAAGCCCAGUUCUUUCUACAGCACAGAAAAGAACCACAGUUCAACCAAGACCAAGCCCAUCCAGUCUGUGCUGUCUUCAUGCUCAGUUGGAUGUCCAUCUCCUACACCUAGUCCUCACACUCAGCCUAAUGCAACAGAGAUGUGUGCAGUCCAGCAACAUCUAUCCUCAGCGCCGCAGUCUCCUUUAUCUCCAUCCACACAGCCUUUGUUGACGUCCACUCUCCUUGAGCAAAACAAGCCACAUGUAACCUCUCCUCCUCAGCCAACGUUCCAUGAAGACAUCAUUAACCACAGCUGCCCUCUUGAAUUUUGUAAAGUAUCCUCAGGAUCCUUGGUGUCACUGAGCCAGUCAUCCACUAAGUCAUCGGUGCUCAGUAGAGGAGUCCAGGAGAGUGCCACUGCUGCACUGACAGUGUCCGUUAAAUCUGAGAAAACUCCAUUUAAAGAUGAAGAGCUUGAGCUUACUCAGCAUCUUGUCUCAGGACCCAAUCGCAAGCGCCACAACUCAUUGUCUAGUAAUUCUGAGGAAGAUGAGAAGGAGAAGAAGAAAAAAAUCAAGACCAGAGCACGACGUUCUCCACGGAUGAAACCAAGAAAACUCUUCAAGUCCUUUGCUGAUGUGUCUACUGUUGAUGAGUUCAGCCAAGUGGCAUCUUCUUCCAACAUGAGCUCCGCUCACUGGGAACCAGGAAUUGUGGAUGAAAACAUGGGCAUGAGUGAAGAGUUAGAUUUUCCGGAAAUAGACUUAAACCCAAGUGGCUUUUGUCAGCAGCUGAGUUCUGAGAUAAAAAACAAGUUUCAGUUCCGUUGUAAGAUGUUGGAGAUUUACAACAAGCAGUCUUCAAAGACUGUCCAGCAACAUGUCUCCUCCAUCAGCUUGCAGCUUACCAAACACAGAACUCAGAAGCUUGAACAGAUUCAGAAAGUCCUCUUGGAGGAGAUCCACAUAAUGGAGCAGGACGACAACACCUUGAAAAGCAUGGAGAAAGACCUGACCAUGCACUGGAAAAAGCAGACCACGGCUUUCCAUUCUUACCAGAAGCAGGAAAUCAAGAGAAAUGAAACCCUUGGGAGAAUCCUCCAGAGUCAAGCAUGUCGCAGCUUGGAACAUGAGGAGGGAAUAUUUACAUCUGAGGUGGGUCUGAUAAAAAAAGACAUGAAAUCAGUUCAGGACAGAUUCCUCAAAGACAUGCUGGAGGGGGAGAUCCAGAGUGUGAAGAGAGGACUGCACACUCUGUUUUUCCCUUGAUGAUGCAGGUUUGAGUUAAAGUCUUGCCAAGGGUCUCUACAUGAUGAAGCAGGUUAUACAUUUUAAUAUGUGAUGUGCAGUCCUGUGUAUUCACUUCCAGUUGUGUUUGUUUCAAGUGAAAGUGUUUUGUUGCAUGGAGCCUGUAUUUCUCCAGGUUCUUGUUGUAUGUAAAUGUGUUUAGUUAUUUAUGAACUGGAUGUUUUGUUUGUAUACAUCCAAUUUUUUUUUAGAGAUGUUAACGUUUUCUGAUCUUAAUUAUUUUGGGAAAUUUAAUUUAUGGUGUUAGUAGGUCAUAAGUGUCAGUGUGAUAGUGACAUUUUAAACAUUAGCAUUCCUGAUUAAUUCAUGUUGGUUAAUUAAAAUAUUGAAAAUGGUCAACUAAACAUUCAAGAUCUUACAUGUAUCUAUUGCUUUUUAA